AUGACGAGUUUAAGUGAAAGCGACCAGAAGAAUAAAAUUAACAUUGAUUCGACGCAAUGUUCCGUUGAAAAUGACCAUUUAUCAUUAGAAAUUAAUGAUUCUAAAUUAUUAACAACAGUUAUACAGGAAUCUUCAGAUAUUGAUCAAAAACAACAAGAGCUGAAUGAAAAGGAGCAAAGUAAUCAAUCAAUAUCUGCACUAGAACAGAAUAAUGUCAUAAAUGGAAUUAAUAAUAGUGGAGCUUUAAUCAAUACUAGUCUGCUAAUAGUAACUAUCGAUGAAGAACAAAAACAGCAACCAAAUGAGGCAACGGAAACAACAGUUAAUCAUGGUGAACAUGAACAUACAUCAAGAAAAUCGUAUUAUUCAAAACCUAGAUAUUCAUCUAUGUCAUAUCAUCGAUCACUUUAUUAUAUGAAUGGUCAUCCAUAUGGACCACCACCACCACCUUAUUACUAUUAUCAACCAUUGCCACCAUCAUUAAUUGAAAAACCAACACCAUUAAUGUUUAUUCCAACGCCACCAUCACCAUCAUCAUCAUCACAGUUAUCAUCAUCUUUAUCGCCUUCAUCACGGGAUAAUCAAAGCGGUAAUUCAACAGCAAUCUCUCCUCAAAAUUUACCACCACGUUUGAGACAAACAUCAACAAAUGAGAAUGAAUCUAAUCUACAAGUACCAUCGACUACAUCAACAACUUCACAAUCAACAUCAACUUUAUCAUCGACAUCGACAUCGACAACAACAACAACAACAACAACAGCCACAAUAACAAAUGGCCGACGUUAUCGUAGUAUAUUACCACGUGGUAAUAGUCACUAUCAUCCUUCGCAUUUACCACCACCUUUAAUGGCGACACCACCCGGUGUUCUUUAUACUUAUCCACCUGCCGCCUACCAACCAGGUCAUGUUGCUUAUAAUAUUCGUCCGCCCGAUGAGUUUGAAAUGCUUGCUUUUCAGCAACAAAUGAUGAACAUAGCGCCAAAUCCACUUCUUUGGUCACAUCUACAAACACCAAUGUCAUCGCAUGGUCAUCCUUACUUUUCACCAUAUGCGAUGGAUGGAUCACUAUCUGGAUACAUGCUAAACAAUACAGAAGUGACUCAACCAUCAAAUUCAUUUUUAAACCCAGACGCCGCUGAAUGGGUUCCGUUGCAUCAUGAUAGUGCAUCGUCGUCAUCAGAUAAUAAUAUUUUAAUAAACGAUGAAAUAAAUUUUCCUCCACUAAAUAGCACCACAAUUAAUACUCAAACAACAUCGAAUGUUACUGAACAUACAGAAGAUAUUACUGAGCCAAUAGAUACUUCUUCUGAAAAAAAUUCAACUAAUAAUAAUAAUAAUAAUAAUAAUAAUAAUAAUAAUAAUAAUAAUAAUAAUAAUAAUAAUAAUAAUAAUAAUAACAACGAUAAUGAUAAUACAAAUGAUAAUCCUCAAAUAUUAGCAGAUAGUUCAAAUGCUAUCCUAUCUCAAUCGAAUUCAAAGAUUGAAUUAACAAAUACUCCAAAUUCUAGUCAAGAUGAUAAUAAUAAUAAAACUUUAUCAUCAUUAUCAUUAUCAUCGUCAUCAUCAUCACCUCCAGCCAAAGUAACACCAAUAACAUAUUCAACAAUCAUUUCUCAAACAUCUGAAAAUAACAAAUCAAAUAAAGCCAAUACUAAUGCUCAACAAUCACAACAACGUCGUCAACCUCAACAACAACAACAACAGCCAUCAACAAAUCAUAUUCAUAACAAAUUACCGCCAAAAGAUCGCACAAAUAAACAACAACAGCAAAGAGCACAAGUUAAUUCAUCAUCAUCAUCAUCGUCGCAUACAAAUUCUCAUCGACGUCAGCCAUUUAAUAAUAAUCGUAAUUUACCCGCAUCUGAAGCUAAUUCUCUUCCUAAACCACCACCACCACCACCACAACAACAAGAAAUAAUUGAUGAUUGGAUUGAAGUAAAAUCGAAAAAAACGAAAAAAAUUGAUCGUGUAGUAAAUGAUAAUUCAUCGGAAAAAUUAAUAGUGGACGAACAAACGCAUAAAUCUUUAUCACCACCAUUAUCAUUAACAUCAACGAGUGAGAAUACAACAACAACAACAUUUACAUCUGAAGACGAUUUCGAUGAUAAAGAUAGCAAUGAUCGUGCUAUUGUUAUAGAUAAUCAUGUACCGAAGGACUGUAAUCAACUUAUUGUUGAUGAUAUACAUAGAAAACUUAAUUCUAAUGAAAGAUUAUUAAUUAUGAUGAGAGGAUGCCCCGGCUCAGGAAAAUCAACAUUAGCUAAAGCAAUUAAUCAUGGUUAUAAUGGUGUCAUACUUUCGGCAGACGAUUAUUUUACAAAUAAUAAUUCAAAUAAAUAUAUGUUCGAUUCAAAUAAACUAGAUGAUGCACAUCGAUGGAAUUGUCGGCGAGCGUCGGAUUCAUUAAAACGAAAUAUAUCUCCAGUUAUAAUCGAUAAUACAAAUACACAAGCAUGGGAAAUGAAACCAUAUAUUGCAAUGGGUAAAGAAGGUGAUUAUGAUAUUCUUCUAGUUGAACCUCAAACUCCAUGGCGUUAUAACGCUCGAGAAUUAUUCAAACGAAAUGUUCAUAACUUGCCGUUACGACGUAUAAAAGAUAUGCUAAAUCGUUUUGAACAUAAUAUCACAGUUCAAAGUAUAAUUAAUCAAAUUCCAUCAGUAAAACUAACAAAUAAAUCGACAACAACACAAGAACAAAAUCUAAAUAAGAAUAGUGAUCUAAACGAUUCGAUGCCAACAUCAAAAAAAUUCUACGAUAUAAUUGAUGAUUCAUUAAUACUCGAUGAUGUACGUCUUUGUAUAAAUGAUAUGAUUUUAUUUUUAACAUCGAAUUUCUAUCAAACAACACUAUUAUCAUCAACAUCAAUAUUAACAACGACAACUACAACAGCAACAACAUCACAAUGUUCGACACCAUUAUCUGCUUCAUUUCAUGAUUUAUCAUUAAUAUCGUCAACAGCAACAACAACAACAUCAUUGCCUUCGACGCCAUUAACACCGCGUACGCGUUUUCAUUGUCCAUUAACACGUUUCUCUUCAACAACAUGUCCAGAUCAUGGAUUAACUGAACAUCUUUUACGUUUACCAACCUCAACAUUUUCACGUUGUAUUGAUACAACUAAUUUAACACCACCAAUAUCAGAGCAAUCAAGUGUUAUCGCAAAAAAGCGACGAAAAAACAAAGCUAAACAACAGCCGAAUGAUAUUCUUUUAAAUGUAAACAAUAAUAAUAAUAAUAAAAACAUCAAAAUCAAUAAACAAAAACAAACUCCACAUCAACAAGCAACUUUUAAUGUUAUUCUUGCUGAAGAUUGUUCAGAUUUUGUUGUUAUUGACGAAAGCAAUGAUACAGAUAAUAGAAAUUUUGGUGUACAAAUAGAUUCUCUAAAGAAUGAUUCAUCUAAUAAUGAAAAACAAUUCAUUAACUCUGAAAAUUGUGAAAUAAUAAAUAUUAUUGAUAAUGAAUUUAAUAAACCUUCAUGUUAUCCAUCAAUAUCAACAAAACAUAUUUCAAUACAAUGUUCAUCGAAUGAUUUUAAUUCUGAACUAAAUCAUUCCGAUCGAACUUUGAUUGGUCAACCAGUAUGUCUCUCAACUAAAUCUCUACUAGUAUCAGCACCAUUAUCACCACCUUCUGGUUAUAGUGAAUGCGGUAUUCAAGUUGACUUAAUUGAUAACAAUAUUGAUAUAUUAAUUCAAAUUUAUUCAAAUCGCUUGUCAGAAGAAACAAUACGACAAUUUUAUGAAGUUUGCCGUUCUGAUAUUCAAUCGACACGAACGCAUAUUGAAGGAUAUCUUGAACGAAAACCAAUAUUUAUUCCUACACUUAAACAAUUAAGUUUAACUAUAUUAAAUCGAUGGGAUGAACAAAUUAAAUCUACAAAUCUAUUAGUGGAUAUCAAUUCAAUCGAUGAUUUACUUCCAAAUAUAAAUGAUAAUGAAAUAUUUCAAGAAUUAAUUUCAAAUAAUGAAAAUAUUGAACCUAUUGAUUCAAAUCAAAUAAAUAUUCCAUCAUCAAUUAAUAAUUCGUUAGAAGAAUUAUAUGGAGAGUUACCAAAUAAUAAUAAUGACAAUAAAGUAUUAUUAUCGUUGGAUGAUGAUUUAUCAAUGAGUAUUCAUCAAGCAUUACAAAGAUUUUUAAUCAAAUCAAGCUCAACAUUAAAACCGGUGAUUGAAAAUCCAACAAAAUAUGAUAAUGAACAAAAGAAAAAUCCUACUCAACAAUUGAUAUUACCAUCACAUAAUCAAUCGAAUAUGAAUACAAAUCAGUAUUCAUCAACUCGACAUAUUUUGAAUGAAGAACUACAACAAACAGUGGAAUCUAAAAACUCAAAACAGCAACAUAAACUUGAUUAUGCCACUGAAUAUAAAUUAAAAGAACUCGAACGUAAUUUUCCAUCAUUAAAGUCUGAUCUUCUCUAUGAUAUAUUUCGUAACAAUGAAUAUAAUUAUGAUGUUACAUGUGUUUUGAUAUCAACAAUGCUUGAUGAGCAUGCUUCAAUACCAACAAAUAAGCCUUCAUUAGUGUCAUGUUCAGGUUCCAUAUCAACAAGAAAAACAGAUGUUAAACCUUUUCUUGAAUAUUAUCAAACUUUACGACUUGAUGCAUUACGUCAUGCACAACAACGUAAAGAAUGUUAUACAAAAGCUUAUCAAGUAAAUCGUCAUGGAUUGUCUGGUAUUGCCUCCUUUUAUAUUCAUCAAGCUAGUGAAGAAACUCGAUUAAUGAAAGAUGCUCAUAGAGCUGCACGUGAACAUUUAUCACGAAGGAAACUGGAACAAUAUGGUGCGACACAAAGACUUGAUCUUUAUGGUUUGCGUCUAGAUGACGCAUUAAAUUUAUUGAAACAAAUAGAACAAGACUUUAAUAAAGAAAAUCGAGCAGCAAGUCCAAAAUCAACUGAAAUUAUAAUUGUUUAUGAACAAAAUUCUGCUUAUGGUGGUGCUGAUGGGGAAAUGCGUUCAGGUAUUCUUGCGUAUUUGGAACAACGAAAUUACAAUACACAGUUUCCAGAUAUAAAAUAUUUCAUAAUUUAUUAUAAAACAAAAAUCGAACCAGCAAUAAUCAUGAAUAUCGCAAUGAAUCGUAUUAUGAAAGAAUUCAAAGAGGUCAUCACAAAUGAAUCUAAUGGGAUCGAGUUAAAAAUGCCAGAAGGUGAAUUGACCAGAAAUACAUCUAAUGUAGGAUCACAAUCAAAUAAGAAAGAAAUCUAUUUAAAUGGUUCUAUUCAAGGACCACCAGACACGCCCUAUGCUGGUGGUCGAUUCUAUGUUGAUAUUAUUGUUGUUGAUACCUACCCAUUUAAUCCACCAAAAGUUCGAUUUACAACAAAAAUUUGGCAUCCAAAUGUUAGUUCAGUAACUGGAGCGAUUUGUCUUGAUAUUCUUAAAGAUCAAUGGGCAGCUGCAAUGACUAUAAGAACAGUAUUGCUUAGUUUACAAGCAUUACUUGCAACACCAGAACCAGAUGAUCCACAAGAUGCAGUUGUUGCUAAUCAAUAUAAAAAGGAUCGAAGAUUGUUUGAAAAAACAGCUCGACAUUGGGCAAAUGUAUAUGCAAAUGGACCAACUCCUGAACCGGAAUGUGAUGCAGCUGUAGCAAGUCUAGUUGAAAUGGGUUUUUCUGAAGAAAAAGCUCGUUCAGCAUUGUCGACAGUGCAUUGGAACACAAGUGAUGCUCUUGAGAAUUUAUGCAAAGCUUAA